CAGCUCCUGCCUGGAUUGCAGAGAGGAACAAAGCCUGAAGAGCCGGAGGAUGGGGAGAACUGGAAACAAAUGGGGAGGAAGAUGAGAUAAAGCCACUCAGAUGGAGACCAGUUCCACCAGCCUCAAGAGGCUCAAAUUUGGGAAGCUGAAGGUGGUGAGACGGCGUUUGCUGCAGAGAUAUGAGCACCAACCCUUCAUCUCCUGCCUGGCUGGGCUCUACAGCUGCCGCUGGAAGCGGUACCAGCGCAGAAGGACUGAGCCUGGGAAGUGCUGCUGCAAGCUGCGGGAAUGUUUGUUUUUCCCAUUGCUAGUUGGAGCUUUCUGCCUUUCUCUGGUCUUUUUGUACAUGUGCUGUGAAGCAAAAAAUGACUACAAUAACUUUGACUGGUAUAACUAUGGGAACCUGGGCUUCUGGUUUCUCUGGUCCCUUGUUCUCCUGAUUGUAUCUGCAGUCUUGUUUGUGUACAUCGCCCUGUUAUUGGUCCUAGCGAUGUGUUUGAUUGCAGAAGGUCAGCAGCUGUACCUGCACUGGAGUCACAAGAUUGGGACUUUGGUUGUCCUGGGCUUCUCAGUCACAUCCCUCUUCGUCAUUUCCUUACUCUGGGGAGAACAGUGGCAAACUGUCCGUCUGUCUUUCCAGAUCACAGCUCCCUAUCUCCACAUUGGAGCAAUAACCCUCAUGGUCUUUCUGGCCUGGCCUGUGGCUCUUCAUGCUGUCAGAGCAGAUAGGAAAGUUGUUCAGGUGAUAAUUGUUGGUCCAUACCUGGCUAUCCUUCUCUUUCUUUUCUUGAUACCUCUGGGGAUGUACUCUCCUUGCAUCAGAGAGAUGGGGACACUUGGACCAAAGCCAGCCCUCAUUGGACACCGUGGAGCACCAAUGCUGGCUCCAGAAAACACUGAGAUGUCUUUUCAGAAGACAAUUGAACAUGGUGGGGAUGGGCUUGAAACAGACGUCACCAUUAGCUAUGAUGGGGUUCCUUUCCUCAUGCAUGACAGCACCUUGAAGAGGACAACUAACAUCAAGGAAGUCUACCCCAAUGACACUGAUAAAAAUGCUGCAUUUUUCUCCUGGGAUACUCUACAGGAGUUGAAUGCUGGAACGUGGUUCCUUAAGGACAAACCAUUUGCAUGCAUGGGUUCACUGUCAAGGGCAGAUCAGGAGCAGGCAAUGAAUCAGUCCAUUUACACCCUAAGGAGUUUCUUACGCCUCGCAGACAGUCAUAACAAACUGGUGAUCUUUGAUCUCUACCGUCCCCCAGUGAAACAUCCUUACAGGAACUUAUGGAUCAACAGAACUCUGGAAGUCAUCCUCAAGGAGGCAAAGAUUAGACCCCAUCUGGUCUUAUGGCUGGCGGGCGGGAGGUCCUUUGUUCAGUCUGUUGCUCCUGGGUUUCAGCAGACAAAAGGCAGUAAGGCCCCACUUGAAGAGCUAUGGAUGGAAAAUAUUGUCAAACUCAAUCUGCCCUACACCCAAAUGUGUAGUGAAGAUAUCAGGAAAUAUGCUGAGGCAAACAUCACCACCAACCUCUACGUGGUCAGUGAGCCAUGGCUUUACUCCCUGGCAUGGUGCUCUGGGGCACACUCUGUGACCACCAAUGCUGUCCACAUUCUGAAUAAUCUCAGCCAGCCACUCUUCCUCAUGACUCCACAGCAGUACAAUGUCAUGUGGAUCCUGACAGAUCUGACCUCUCUGCUCCUCAUCUCACUCAUCUUUGCUCUGCACUGGUGGAGGGAGAGGACUUUUUCCUGCUGUGCCAAUGAUGGUGACUCCAUGCUGGAUAGUGGAACCUACAACAAGUUCAGGACAGAACUCAGUGACAUACCUACCUCUGUGGCCUGA